AUGACAUACGACCUCGCUCCGCCGCUCCCAAAGACAGCUACCCCGGCAGACUACAGUCGCAUCCACUUUGACCCCUCCGAGGUGCCUCCCAAGCGUAUCGUCGGUCUGUUGGCAUGUCAGCGCGACCCUCUCCUGCGCUCGCUCACCUCGCGCGUGCACGCCACGUCCCCGGCCUCUGCUGCUCCGCUUGCCCAAAAGGGCAGGGAAAAGAAAAAGAACAAGUCUGCCGCGGCGACACCUUCUGAGACGCCUGGCGGGUCCGGAACGGCCACGCCCGUAGGCAAGCUCUGGGAGGUCGAGCUGGAGGACACUGUCGUGUUCCCGGAGGGUGGAGGCCAGCCAUGGGAUACCGGCCGCAUGACGCUCACCGACGCCAACGGUACCCCCCACACGUUUGCCAUUGAAGGCUGUGUGCGCCGCAAGCUCGACGCUGUGCACCUUGUCCGCGUCCCCGACGUCUCUCCCAUCGCAUUCGACACCAUCGUCGGGCAGGAAGCCACCGUCGAGGUCGACUGGGACCGCCGCACCGACCACAUGAUCACUCACACUGCUCAGCACCUCCUGUCUGCCGUCCUCGACGCACGCGGUCUCCCGACCUUGUCGUGGGGCAUGGGCGCGCACCCGACCACCGAGGCACCGUACGUCGAGCUCUCGCGCGGCCUGACGUGGGCGGAGGCGGCCGAGGUGGAGAAGGAGUGUAACGACUUUAUCAAGCAGAACCGCAAGGUCUGGAUCGACGUGACCGUGCAGAUGGAUCACACGGCUGUCAGCGACCCAGAGCGUGCGAGCGAAUUGGAGAGGGAGAGCAGGGGUAUUCCAAAGGACUACGCUGGGGGCGUCAUCCGCCACUGCGUUAUCGACGAGAUCGACCGCAACGCCUGCUGCGGUACGCAGUGUCCCGAGCUCUCGGUCAUUGGCUUCCUGCACGUUCUUCCCCCCAGCGCGCCAUGGACAGCCACCGAGCCGACGUCCAAGGUGCCCACGCGGCUGUUCUUCGUCGCGGGCCCGCGCGCGGUCAACCACCUCUCGCUCGCGUCCCGGUGGCUCUCGCAGGCCGGACAGGCGAUCAACGUCGGACGCGCUGACGUCGUCGAGCGCAUCACCAAGAUCGAGACCAACCGCUUCGACACGGCCGAGCGGGAAAAGGCGCUCAAGGCCGAACUGGCAAAGGUUGUGGGCGAGGCCGCCGCGGCGGACCCUGUCGCGUGGGUCCAGCGCAUCGUCCCCGCGAGCCACGACUACGAUUUCCUCUCGGCCGCCGCAUCGGCCUAUCUCGCCGUCCGGGAGGAGGGCGCGAUCGUCCUCACGUCGAGUCCGCCGGGGGUGUCCCCGGUCCUCCUGCUGGUGUCGUCCAAGGACGAGGCGCGGGCCAAGAGCCUCUUCGAGGCUGUCAAGCGCGCGCUGGCGGGCGACGACAAGGCCCGCGUGAAAGGUGGUGGUGCACGGGGCCGCUUCAUGGCCAAGGUGGACGGCAAGUGGGGCAAGGCCGAGAUCGAGGCUGUCGCCGCCGUGGUCAAGGAUGCGGUGGGCGAGAGCGCGUGA